UUGAAGAUACUACCAACGGGUGAACUGCGAGUGGAGCAUUCUCCUAUUGUCCAAUUACCACCUUUCCUCUUCAGGAAGAGACCGACAAAGGGUCUUCUGAAUAUCCGUCUUGCUGGUGUCGACAUGUCUGAAGCCGGGCAGCAAUUCAUUUCGAAGGAUCUACGCUUGAAAAACAAGCCGAUUGUUUUUACUGUUAUCAAGGUUGGUAAAUCGACAAGCUCUGAACAAUCUGCUUGA